AUGCCAGCAUCUCACCUACCCCAGUCAACAUCCCACACCAAGUCCAUGCUAGCCCCUCACCUACCACAGUCAACACCCCACACCAAGUCCAUGCCAGCCUCUCACCUACCCCAGUCAGCAUCCGUCACCAAGUCCAUGACAGCCGCUCACCUACCCAAGUCAACACCCUACACCAAGUCCAUGCAAGCCCCUCACUUACCACAGUCAACACCCCACACCAAGUCCAUGCCAGCAUCUCACCUACCCCAGUCAGCAUCCCACACCAAGUCCAUGCCAGCAUCUCAUCUACCCCAGUCAACAUCCCAUACCAAGUCCAUGCCAGCAUCUCACCUACCCCAGUCAGCAUCCCACACCAAGUCCCUGCCAGCAUUUCAUCUACCCCAGUCAGCAUCCCACACCAAGUCCAUGCCAGCAUUUCAUCUACCCCAGUCAGCAUCCCACACCAAGUCCAUGCCAGCCUCUCACCUACCCCAGUCUACGGACCUGUUCCAAUGA